AUGGGAUGGUGGAGGUCCUAUGCUAGCGACGAGAGAUUACCUAACUCAACUCUCACUGUUUCGAUCGGUAUAUUUGCAAUGUUAUCGUUGCUAUGGGCCGUCAAGAAACAAAGAAAGACUACACCUCCAUUGCCACCAGGUCCCCGUGGCUUGCCGAUAGUCGGGUACCUUCCAUUUAUAGGUGUAGAACUUCAUACCAAAUUUCAGCAAUUGGGUGGGAUCUAUGGCCCCAUCUAUAAGGUUUGGCUUGCAAAUAAAUUGUGCAUUGUGAUUAGCUCACCGUCGCUUGUUAAAGAAGUUGUUCGUGACCAAGACGCAAUAUUUUCUAACCGUGAUUCAAACAUAGCUACACUAGCUGUCACAUAUGGUGGAACCGAUAUUGCUUUUUCCCCGAAUGGUCCUAACUGGAAGAUGUUGCGGAAGAUGUUUGUGAGAGAGAUGCUAAGUCCAGCAAAUCUUGAUACUACCUUCGCUUUACGAAAAGAAGAGGUAAGGAAUACCAUUAGAAAUGUGUAUGAAAAAAAAGGCACCCCCAUAGAUUUAGGGGAAGUAGAGUUUGUAACGGUAAUGAAUGCCAUCAUGAACAUGUUGUGGGGUGGCACGCUAAGUGGAGAGGAAGGGGCUAAGUUUGGAGCAGAGUUUAAGCAUAUCUUUGCAGAAUUAUUGAUCCUUCUAGGAAAACUGAAUGUUUCGGACCUUUUUCCGGCUUUAGCAAGAUUUGAUUUACAAGGGAUCGAAAGGAAAGCAAAGAGGAUUUCCCAAACCAUUGACGGAGUACUUGAAUAUGCCAUUGACAAACAGAUAAAGAGUUUGACCAAGGCCAAAGAAGAGGGAACGACACGGACAAGACAAAAGGACUUUUUGCAAGUCCUCUUGGAACUAAGGGAGCGAAACGAUGGUGCACCAUCAAUGAGUAUGACCCAACUGAAGGCCGUGCUUUUGGACAUAGUGGUGGCUGCAACCGAUACCAUAACGAUCAUGUCGGAAUGGGUGAUGGCAAGGCUAAUGAAGCAUCCAGAGAUAAUGAGAAAAGUUAAUGAAGAAUUAACAGCAAUUGUGGGGUUGGACAACUUAGUUGAAGAAUCUCAUUUGCUCAAAUUACAUUAUUUAGAGGUUGUGAUUAAAGAGACGUUGCGUUUGCACCCACCAGUUCCUUUUCUAGUACCUCGUACUCCAAGCGAAUCUAGUAUCAUUGGAGGGUACCAUGUACCCAAAGGUUCUAAGAUCUUGCUACAUGUUUGGGCUGUACAAAGGGACCCAAAGUAUUGGGACAAUCCAUUGGAAUUUAAACCUGAGAGGUUUCUAAAUGAUCCUUGUGGUAGAUUUGAUUUUUUAGGCAACAAUUUUAAGUAUUUUCCAUUUGGGUCAGGGAGAAGAAUAUGUGCGGGGCUUACACUAGGGGAUAGAACACUCAAAUAUAUGCUGGCUUCAUUUUUUCAUUCAUUCGAGUGGAAAUUGCCGCAGGGUUCAGAAAUGGAUUUUUCAGACACUUUCGGUCUUUCUGUCAAGAAGAAGAAUCCAGUCAUUGCAAUUCCAACACCAAGGUUAUCCAAAUCUGAGUUCUACACAAAAUAG